AUGUCAGAGUCGGGCCAACAUGGGGUCCUAGCCCAGCUCCCCCGUGCAGACUACACGCCGACCAGGAUGAAGGUGAGCAAGUCAUGUGUGCCCAGCUGCUUCGAGACCGUGUACGACGGUUACUCCAAACAUGCCUCCACCACAUCUUGCUGCCAGUAUGACCUCUGCAACAGCGCUGGCCUCGCCGUGCCGGGGGCCCUGGCCCUGGCCCCCAUCCUCCUGGCUACUGUCUGGGGUCUGCUCUAA